AUGAACCCCUCUGUUGUGGCUGCCCACAAGAGGAUUGGACUUCUCCAAAGGUUCAACAAGUGGCAAGGGAAAGCCAUGGAAAAGAUGCAAAAGUCCAUGGACAAGAUGGUGAGCAAGAUCAAGAGCUUGGAGAAGAAAGUUUCUGGUUCUUCAAGCAAGAAGAAGAAGUCCAAGGCUCCACACUCCCAAGGAGGAAGGAGAGGAAACUCGCAGAGGAGGAGGAAGAGUUCCAAGACUCGACGCUCCAACUCGAUCAGCGAGCUCGACCGAGCUGAGGGUCGAGUUGACCUGGAGGAGCCCCUGUUUGAGAACCCUGGGUUCGAGUACGAUUCAACCCAGUACCAGGACUUCUCUCAGACCACUGGACUCCCUACAACCGCUUCGAGCAAGCACAGCUCCUCCAAGGCCAAGGAAGCCACACACACUUUCGAUGAAGAAGAGGAGGAAGAGGAGCCACAAGCUCGAUCGAGUGAGCCGAACCCAGUCGAGUGGAGUGCUCCUGAUGGCCGUCUACCAUCUCCAGACCACGACCUAGCCUCCCAGUUCUUUGGGGGGCACUGA